GGAGUGUCACAAAGAGAGCGAGGGAGAGAAAGAGAGCGAGAGAGCAUGCAACCCUGAGAGUCAUUCAUCUCUGGAGAAGAGACGUGCAAGCUACAAUAGGACAGGAAAGGAAAUGUUUUUGUAACUAUUUGUGCAUACGGCUAACUUUUAAAGGGCUUCUUACGCAACGUGCACUUUCAACUUGUUUCCCUUUUUAUUUCGAUGACGCACAAUGCAACCUACCGCUCGUCUCUUUUCAUCUCUGCAAGCGAGGUCAUGCUGACAGCCCGCUUUCCAGCAUCCUUGGAGCGCAAGGAGGAGCGCAAAACUUGUCUGAUAUUUGUCGGGGGGAGGUGGGGGGAGAUGACCUCAGGAGGACGCACCGGGAUCUGAGCUCCGGGAAGAGGAGGAGGAGGAGGAGGAGGAGGAGGAGGGAGGAAAGGAGGAGGGCACAUCCUGCUGAUAGAGAGCAUCUAUGUAUUCUUUCUUUGCACACAUCAACCCUAAUAAGCCCUCACAAACUAUGACAAGGACUUCUUAAACAUAUUGCAUCCGGUUUCAAAGCACAUUGCAGAAGAUUUAGAAAAAUUGAGGGCAUUUGCAUAAACGGACGGUCUGCACAGUUCCACGCUCCCGUGCAACAUGGAUCUGCCACGCAUCAGAGGUUCAUCUGAUGUACCGUGAGCAUCGGCGUUGGCCUGCAGCCUCACUGCCGCCCAGCGGGGCCCAGUGACAUGGACCCUGCUCAUUCCUUUAGGAUGGAGCUGGAUGGGCUGGACCCCCAGCAGGUCCCGGUGCUGUCGCUUGAUCAAAUCCGUGCCAUCCGGGCCCACAAUGACUACGUGGAUAGGCCAGUGGCGCUGGAACUCGCUUCCCAAUCUGGAAUUUUCUACGCCCACGAUGAGCGUCACCCGCACGGAAUAUAUUCCCAGCAUCCUCAGCAGCCCCGCCAUUCGGUCAUGCCCCGCAGCCAAAGUCAGCAGCAGCAUGCUCACAUGUCCCACUUAAGCCGUUCCAGUACUAUAAGCUCCUCCAUGUCUCGGACCAGCGCCGGCUCAGACCAGAGGCUGCUGGCGGGGUUGACGCAGUCGCACUCCGGCUUGGCCUCGGUGGUUCACUCUCAACCGAAAAGAGAACUCAAGUCCGACACUUCUCUGAGCAAAAUCCUGGCAGAGGAUGAGCUGGGAAGGCACCGGUUUAUCUGCGAGCGGUGUGCUCGUUGCAAGUGCAAAGAGUGCUGCGCCCCACGCCGCUUACCCUCCUGCUGGGCCUGCGGACAACGCUGCCUUUGCUCAGCCGAGAGCGCCGUGGAGUAUGGCACCUGCCUAUGCUGCGUCAAAGGUCUCUUCUACCACUGCUCGGCCCAGGACGACGAAGACAAUUGCGCCGACCGUCCUUGCUCCUGUGCACCGGCCCAUGCCUACGCCCGCUGGGGCGCCAUGGGACUUCUGGCGCUGGCCCUGCCCUGCCUCUGCUGCUACCCCCCUGCCAGGCUGUGCCUUGCCCUGUGCCGAUGUGCCCAUGACAGGGCGACACGGCCCGGCUGCAGGUGCAGCAACACCAACACUGUGUGCCGCAAAAUCUCCGCCGUCUCCAAUACCAACUCGGGUCAUCCCUCCAUCAGCAGCGGCAAGGCUGUGGAGAAGUCGCUAUGACAGGCUUGGAUAGGGUCGGCGGGGACGUACAGAUGAAAUCCCCGUAGAAAAAAGAAGCCAACUAACUCGUGCUUACCGAUCUUGUAUGACUCCAGCUCAAGAGGGACCAAAGCUUUUACUGUGCCUGUUCGCCUUGGAAACUACAAGCUCAACCUGAAGAAGAAGCAGACUGAACUCUCCUUCCAUCUUCUGCCUAAUCCGGAUGUCUAAUAUGUAUGUAUUUAUUACCAACCCUGCGACCGACCCUUUGCUAACAAUAAACAGACGGUGGACUGAAUCGCAGCAGACUUAAGAGGAUGUAGAAGCUUUCCGCUAAGGGUUACGGGCGAAGAAACUGUGGACAUUCGCAGCACAUCUGACACCAAAAAGGGACCACACACUGUCAAAUGAAUCUCAAUGCCAUAAGCUCAUUUGUAAAGGAAAAAGCACUAAGAGGUAGAUAGACGGUACUGUGCAGAAGUUGUAGGGCACCAAGGGAAAUCAUGGACUUCCUGAUUCAUUGGGUAUGACAAUCGGAUGGGUGUGCCAUUAAGAUUCUGCGGGGGGUUGACAACUCCAUGGAUGCCGUAGGGACGUCAAGUUGCACCUUUCUUCCUUGGCACAUGCAGCACACCCUCUGCAAAGUUUCAUUGAAAUAAUUUGUGUUUUUCCUUCGGUAGUGGUGGUCCAAGACCUUUGCGCAGUACCGUCGCACUGUUUUCUGCUGAACGGCGGAUUAUCCAACCGCAGAUUGGAGCGCGUCCAUCCACGGAGUGUGUGUUUGUGUUUGUGUGUGUGCGUGCGUGUGUUAGUCAACACAAAGACGAAGGAACCUCCUGUGGUCUUAUUUUUAGUCUUGCUGCUACAUCUUAGCGCUAGCCUGAUCAGGUUUCCACUUGGAAAUCUUGCCAACCGCCCUCAAAAGACCCCCGCCCAGUCCCCCGUAACUCCCACAUCUUUACUCAAUCCAUUCAUGGGGUUUAUCCUAUAAUAAUUUAGAGCCUUCAAACGAAAACAUGCCAAGGUGCAUUAUUCCGGCUCACAUAAGCCGCCCAUCCCUCCUGACUCUUGCGCCAGGAGGGCUAAAAGCCUCCGUUUCCCGGGUCCAUCGAGAGUUGAUCAAACCCGCAAUUAGCCUCAUGAUCGCUCUUAAUGGGCCAGACGAGAACGGGCUGGAGGAGGAAGGAGUUGCGGUGUUUUGGGCGCACGGAGAGAGGAAGAAGGAGCGAUGAUUGAAGAAAGGGACCGGGCUCGGAUUUCUUAGCCGGAUAUGAGGGCAUCAGAUGAGUGCAUGUACAGUGUGUGUGCGGGUGCAUGUUUUUAAGUGAAUGUGUGUGUUUUCGGAUGCAUGAAAAACACCCGGCGAAACUGAUAUGUUAAAUGUUCCUUUGCUAUAUUUUUGUAUGUAAAUAGGAGCUAACUGCGGCGAUAAAACUAUUUUUUAGUAUGCUUCAUUACACGACAACAGUGUUAGAACGUGCACUUAUUUCAGUCCUCACGUGAUCAAUGCAGGGACUUUUAGGCAACGUUAAAGUCCGAAGAACAGCUGGCGAUACACUCGGCAACCGCUGUGCAGUUUUGACGAUAGAAGUGGGAAAAUCAAGUUUGCGGGAUGACUAAAUGUUGCUCCAAAUGUCUCCGACUUUGAUUGACAUUCAUUUUUGGAUCCACCAUUGAUUCUUUAGUGUUACCCAACACCCUCCAUGUACAAACCCCGUUUCCAUAUGAGUUGUGAAAUUGUGUUAGAUGUAAAUAUAAACGGAAUACAAUGAUUUGCAAAUCCUUUUCAACCCAUAUUCAGUUGAAUGCACUACAAAAGACAAGAUAUUUGAUGUUCAAACUCAUAAACUUUAUUUUGUUUUGCAAUUAAUAAUUAAUUUAGAAUUUCAUGGCUCCAACACGUGCCAAAGUAGUUGGGAAAGGGCAUGUUCACCACUGUGUUAUAUCACUUUAUCUUUUAACAACACUGAGUAAACAUUUGGGAACUGAGGAAACUAAUUGUUGUAGCUUUGAAAGUGGAAUUCUUUCUCAUUCUUGUUUUAUGAAGAGCUUCGGUCGUUCAACAGUCCGGGGUCUCCGCUGUCGUAUUUUACGUUUCAUAAUGUGUCGGACAUUUUCGAUGGGACACAGGUCUAGACUGCAGGCGGGCCAGGAAAGUACCCGCUCUCUUUUACUACGAAACCACGCUGUUGUAACACCUGGCCUGGCAUUGUCUUGCUGAUAUAAUCAGGGGCGUCCAUGAUAACGUUGCUUGGAUGACAACAUACGUUGCUCCAAAACCUGUGUGGACCAUUCAGCAUAAAUGGUGCCUUCACAGAUGUGUAAGUUACCCAUGCUUUGGACACUAAUACACCCCCAUACCAUCACAGAUGCUGGCUUUUGAACUUUGCGUCUAUAACAAUCCGAAUGGUUAUUUUCCUCUUCGUUCCGGAGGACACCACGUCCACAGUUUCAUAAUAUAAUUUGAAAUGUGGACUCGUCAGACCACAGAACACUUUUCCACUUUUCAUCAGUCCAUCUUAGAUGAGCUCUGGUCCAGGAAAUCCAGCGGCGUUCCUUGGUGUUGUUGAUACAUGGGGUUUGCAUUGCAUAGCAGAGUUUUAACUUGCCUUUACAGAUGUAGCAACCAACUGUCGUUACAGACAGUGGUUUUAUGAAGUGUUCCUGAGCCCAUGUGGUGAUAUCCUUUACACACUGAUGUCGGUUUUUGAUGCAGUACCGCCUGAGGGAUCAAAGGUCUGUAAUAUCAUCGCUUACGUGCAGUGAUUUCUCCAGAUUCUCUGAACCUUUUUGAUGAUUUUACGGACCGUAGAUGGUAAAAUCCCUAAAUUCCUUGCAAUAGCUCGUUGAGAAAUGUUGUUCUAAAACUGUUCAACAAUUUGCUUACAAAGUGGUCACCCUCGCCCCAUCCUUGUUUGUGAAUAACUUAGCAUUUCAUGGAAGCUGCUUUUAUACCAAAUCAUGGCACCCACCUGUUCCCAAUUAGCCUGCACACCUGUAGGAUGUUCCAAAUAAGUGUUUGAUGAGUAUUUCUCAACUUUAUCAGUAUUUAUUGCCACCUUUCCCAACUUCUUUGUCAUGUGUUGCUGGCAUCAAAUUCUAGAGUUAAUUAUUAUUUGCAAAAAAAAAAAAAAAUGUUUUAUCAGUUUGAACAUCAAAUAUGUUGUCUUUGUAGCAUAUUCAACUGAAUAUGGGUUGAAAAUGAUUUGCAAAUCAUUGUAUUCCGUUUAUAUUUACAUCUAACACAAUUUCCCAACUCAUAUGGAAACUGGGUUUGUAAAACAACAAAAUAUAUGCAAUUCCAUUGUGAUGCAUUAAGUCCAAAUAGUACGAAGACGUUUUAUGCUAAGCUCCACCUUUGAAUCAUCUACAAAAAUGGCCGACAAGAUGUGACAAAAUGAAAAAAAACAAAACAUUGGUCAUUUAGGAAUAUUUGUUACGUUUGUCUGGGAAUAUUGUUUUGGUGACACAUUCAACAUUAAAAAUGCGAGAGAAUAUUAGGACUAUUGUAAAAAGCAAUGAUUCUCACACUGUAGUAAGCCAAUUAAUAAUUGUAUUAAAGUACAGUAUUAUAUCGUCUUAAGUUCAAACACAGUGUUACUGUUCAAACUGUGUGUAAUGUUACUGAGGCCAAAUAUAUUAAAUAUAUUUGUUAAAUAAAAACAGCCGCCUUCUUUUUAAUAAAUACUAAGGCCUAUUAUGCUACUGUAUUUUAAUGUUGGUCAUUAUGGUGGUACUUGGAGAUCGAAGUGUUUCUUGAGAAAAAAGUUUGAGAACCAUUUGUGUAAAAAAAAUAUCACUUGUUACAAGAAGAAAAGUACUCUCAAGACAAGAAAGACCCUACAAAAAAGUUGUAAUAUUAUGAAAAAAUAAAAUGUGAAUCAAGAUGUAGGAUUAUUCCCAAAAAGUCGUGAUGUUAUAAGAAUAAUUGUGUAAAGUGUGUUUAUAUUACAUUCAAAAAGUCACACAGCAACAAGGUUAAUGUCGAAAUGUUACUCGAAGUUAUAUUAGUAUGAAAAUACAUUUGCGAGAAUUAAAUCAUUUUGUUACAGGAAUAAAACUGUAACGUUAUAAAAAUAAAGUUUGAGGUAAAAAAGAUGUAAUUAUUUGGGUAAUUUGAUUAAUAAAGGCCUAAAUGUUUAAACUAUUCUUUGAAACAUCAAUUUAUUCUCGUUGUAAUGCAAGUACGUUGAUUGUCAUAAUAGUACGACUUUUUUCUUAUAAAAUUGUUUGUAAUAUUUAAACUUGAAUAUAUUUUGACUCCUUGUCGAUUUAAGAUUUUUUUUUUACCUUGUGUUGAUUUUCCUUGUGAUAUUUUCACUUCAUUUUUACUAUCAUUUUCAGCGCAGCCGUAACUUAUUUGUAAAAAAAACAAAACAAUGUAAGUUUAAUUGUUUUUCCGGUAAUUUCACUAACUGUGAUGCAAACCCUACUAGAUUUUAUAAGAACACAUGAUCCUGAAGUGACCAAUCUUUUUUCAAUUCAUGUUAAGCAAACAUUGCAGCAGAAAUCCCUCACAGCUGAUGCAUAAAUUGCAAAAAGGUGCAUCAAGUCGGCCAUUUUUAACCAUCAUGCCUAAAAAGAUCUUGGCGCUUGUUCUUCUUUUGGUUUCCAUUAACACAAAGUAUUUGUCCAAAAUUAUGUGGAUUCAGGUACGUUUUUUUUUUAUUUGUUUUAAUUUUUCACGCUGCUAGAGAAAAUGUAGCAUGCUUGUGAACAUUUGACUGAAAGACGCGUGAGGUUUUUAAUACUUUUUUAGUUGCGAACUUUUCAGGCUGCGGCUAACUGUAAUUAUUCCAUCAUUUGUACGAGACUUCUUUCCUUCCGGUGACAAAAAAACAAAACGAAAACAACGUUAACAGGCUACCGCCAUAACCACUAAACUUGUCCUCUUGUGUCUUUGCAACCAAGCAUCGCCUUUAGUACAAAACAAAAUAAAAAUAUGGCGCCUCUUGUAUGUUGUAAAGGAAAUUUAAGGAGAGUAUAUGGAACAAAUAUUAUAUAGAAGUCUAUCUAAAAGUGAAUAUAUUAUUAUACAUGAACAAUACGCACAGUAUCUUUUCUGUUUAGUUGCUGAUGUGUUUUUUUGUUUGGAUAUUUAUUUACAGGUCAAUCACCAUAGAUGGCGCUGAAGAGGACGAGAUUAAUAAUGAGAUUAAGAGCGUGGUUUGGAUUAUUUUUUUUCUUCUUUUAUUGUUGUUGUUUUUCUUGCUGUUGGUGUGGCCGCCGUCGCCCUCCAGGCUGAAGAUGAUCCAAUAAAAGGAGCUAUCAGAAACA